AUGGCGUGUGAUGCAGCGACAUACUAGCUUAAAAUACAUCAAAGCAAAGCAAAUAUCACUCAAACACACUUUAAGUAAGGUUGCAAUCAAUCAAUACCUUUCAAGUGACUCUCCACACAUCCUGUCUGUCCAGAACACCUCGCUGCCCCGUCCAGGAUAGCCGCUCGCCAUGUCGCCGCUGCCUCUUUCCCUGCCGCUCCUGCUGGCGUUGCUGGCGCUGCUGGGGGCCGCUCCGCCAGCCGCUGCCGAGAUGAACCAGGCGCUGUGGUACCGGGCGCUGGUCUCGCAGGCUCAGCUCGACGCCGCCGCCACGUCUGAAAGCUUCCAGGUGUCUGAUGAGAUCCUAUGCGCUGCCCUGGCCAACAACGCCCCCUGGUGUCACCUGCUGACAUACGAGGGCACCACCUGUGUCCUGUACGACGUGGCGGUGGACAGUCUAGACGCCGCCGCCACCGAUGCCACCACGCCCUGCAGGACACGCCUCCGCAACGUGUGCAUUGAGGAGGGGGUGCCGCUGCCUCACGGGGCCAUGUUGGUGCAGGACUGCCAACCCGCCCUCUGCUGGAAUCGUGCCGUCAUCUCUGACUAUACAGCGUCGACGACAUGCGACGGUGACUUCUUGCAAGACGCCCUUGGCUGUAUUUACCUGCACCAGGUGCCGAUGACCUGGUGCGACGCUCGCCAGCACUGCGCCACACUCGGCGCCGAUCUCGCCACAGCUUCUGCUUUAGAGUUUCCAAUUAUGCAAGCUUUUCUGGAAGCUACUGCCAGAGGAGCGCAAGUGUGGAUGGGCGUGCGGAGUCGGAUGUGGCUGGACGGUCGUAACGUGGCAGUUGAUGAGUGGGCAAGUACCGACCCCAACGGAUCUCCUGAUGAAUGUGCCCGCAUGUAUUUUGAGGGCGGGAUGAGAUACGUACUAGCUGACAGAGUUUGCUCAGUCUCCUUUAUUUUCCUGUGCAGGAGGCCAGUCUAA